UACUAUUAAUAUUUUGUCUAAUCAAAACAAUUUGGACAAUAACAGUAACCGAAGUACAUAUCAUGUCAAUAAAAAGUGGACGUACUGAUUAUGUGAUUGCUGGUGAAAGUGUACAAUUAUCCUGUCAUUAUAUGUUUACAAAAUCAUAUGAAAGAGUAUUGGCUGUUAAUUGGAAAAAAGAUGGUCAUGAGGUAUUUUUCUCAACACCAAACAAACGUCCAAUAGCAUUAUCAUUAUUUCGUAAUCAUGUUGAUUAUAAUACAAAAGAUCUACUCAACACUGUUACAUUAUUUAAUAUUGAUUUAAAUUUUGCUGGUCAAUAUUCUUGUCGUGUUAUAACCGAAUAUAAUGAAUCGGAAAAUUCUGCACAAAUGAUUGUUAUUGUUGAUGCUUGUAAAGAUUCAAAUUGGAAAACCAAAACCGAUAUGGUCAAUUGUGUUGAAGAGAUUAGUUUUCAUUGUAUUGGAAUGUAUCCAAAACCAUCACCAGCUUGUAGUAUUCAUAAUGAUUUGACUGAUCAAUAUUUUGCUGGUGAAACAUUCGAUAUGAUUGAACGUUUACCAAAUGGUACAUAUGAAAUUGCUAUACAACGACGUUAUUUGGCUGAAAAUUUUACACAAUAUCCUGGGAAACUUUCAUUUCAUUGUCAUUUAUUAGUUUUGAUGACAUCAUGGCGUAUGGGUAUUAAUUAUAAACUAUUUGGUGAUGCUGGUUGUAUUGAUCAACCACCAUCAAUCAAUAAUGGAACCAAACAAUUGAUUGGUGAAAAAACAUGUUGGCAAACACCACGUGAAAAUAGUCGUGUUAAUUAUAGUUGUCAUGAUGGUUUUAAUUUAAUGGGACCAUCAGUAUUAAUUUGUCGUAAUGGUACAUGGAUACCUGAUCCAAUUAAUCUUAUGUCACAACCGGUUGCUGAUUUACGUACAUAUAAUCAACUUCGUUUACCAAUGCCUUAUUGUCAAAUGACUGAAAAUUUAUUAAAAAACGAUUCUAAAUCAAAUCUACCAAAUGUUUUUGCCAAAUUUAAUUGUAAUUUAUUAUUAUUAUUGUUAAAUAUUCUGUUAUUUUUAGCCAAAAUAAAUUGUUGAAAAAUAUAUA